ACUCCGCCUACUUCUACGACUUCGUUCAUUGCGUUUGCGCUGUGUUCGCUCCUCACAACUACCUACUUUUUGGCGAAUUAAUCAUGUCUUUGGAGGUGGAAUCGGCAGACGUGAUUCGUCUGAUAAUGCAGUACCUGAAAGAGAACAAUCUGCACCGAACACUGACCACCCUUCAGGAAGAGACCACCGUGUCUUUGAACACUGUGGACAGUAUCGAGAGUUUCGUGGCAGACAUCAACAGUGGCCAUUGGGACACUGUGCUGCAAGCUAUCCAGUCACUCAAGCUCCCUGACAAGACUUUGAUAGACUUGUAUGAACAGGUGGUGUUGGAGCUCAUUGAGUUGAGAGAGUUGGGAGCAGCCAGGUCUUUGCUAAGGCAAACGGACCCCAUGAUCAUGCUGAAGCAGACCCAACCAGAGAGGUACAUUCACCUGGAGAACUUGCUUGCUCGCUCCUACUUUGACCCCAGAGAGGCCUACCCAGACGGAAGCAGUAAGGAAAAGAGGCGUGUGGCCAUCGCCCAGGCUCUGGCCGGGGAGGUCAGCGUGGUGCCCCCCUCCCGCCUCAUGGCCCUGCUGGGACAGUCCCUAAAAUGGCAGCAGCACCAGGGUCUACUGCCCCCAGGUAUGACCAUUGACCUGUUCAGGGGCAAGGCGGCUGUGAAGGACGUGGAGGAGGAGCGCUUCCCCACACAGCUCACCAGACACAUAAAGUUUGGGCAGAAGUCCCACGUGGAGUGUUCCCGCUUCUCUCCUGAUGGUCAGUACUUGGUCACGGGAUCAGUUGAUGGUUUCAUUGAGGUCUGGAACUUCACCACGGGCAAAAUCAGAAAGGAUCUGAAGUACCAGGCGCAGGAUAACUUCAUGAUGAUGGACGAUGCAGUGUUAUGUAUGUGCUUCAGCAGGGACACAGAGAUGCUGGCCACAGGGGCCCAGGACGGCAAAAUAAAGGUGUGGAAGAUCCAGAGUGGCCAGUGCUUGCGACGCUUUGAGCGCGCCCACAGUAAAGGUGUCACCUGCCUCAGUUUCUGCAAGGACAGCAGCCAGCUGCUCAGUGCCUCCUUCGACCAAACCAUUAGGGUUCACGGGCUGAAGUCGGGCAAGUCGCUGAAAGAGUUCCGAGGACACUCUUCGUUUGUUAAUGAAGCAACAUUCACACCUGACGGACACCAUAUCAUCAGCGCUUCCUCUGACGGCACUGUAAAGGUGUGGAACAUGAAAACCACAGAAUGCACCAACACCUUCAAGUCCCUUGGCACCUCGGCCGGCACCGACAUCACAGUCAACAACGUCAUCCUGCUGCCCAAGAACCCAGAGCACUUUGUGGUGUGCAACCGCUCCAACACCGUAGUCAUCAUGAACAUGCAGGGCCAGAUUGUGAGGAGUUUUAGCUCUGGUAAGAGGGAGGGAGGAGACUUUGUCUGCUGCACGCUGUCUCCCCGUGGCGAGUGGAUCUACUGUGUAGGAGAGGAUUUUGUGCUCUACUGCUUCAGCACGGUCACUGGCAAGCUGGAGAGAACCCUGACAGUUCAUGAGAAGGAUGUGAUUGGCAUCGCCCACCACCCCCAUCAGAACCUCAUCUCCACGUACAGCGAGGACGGCCUACUCAAGCUCUGGAAACCCUGAGCAUGGCCCUGCUUAACCCCACAAGCCCCCUUCCAUCGGCAUGCCAGCUGCUCUGCCCAUGGGACUGUGCAGUGUUUUCCCUACCGUUGCUUUAGGCGGACCGGGUAAUGUCUCCCAUCUAGCUCUGUUGUUCAGGCCAAAAUGCUUUGGCUCCAAUUGACAGUCCGUGUUGCUGUUGUGGGGCUCCUGCGCCAUGCCUUAGACAAGGUCUAGCUAGGGAAAACACUGGGAUAUUGGGAGUGCAGGGAUGGGCAUUAGAAAAACUUUUUUUAUAUAUAUUUUAAAAAAUGAUUAAUGUAAAUAUAUUUUGUAACAUUUUUUUUUUUUUUCAAGAAUGUCUGGUUCAAUAUUUUGCCUCGUAUCAGUCUGGUCAGCCAUUGCUUUGUUUUACUGCACAGUAAGAAAUAAAAAGGGCUGUUAUUUUGAAUCCCCGAAUGCGAUGGUAUUCCUUUCCAUGUGUGUUGACUUGUGUUCCUAGAUGUGAAACGCAUGGAUUGCUAUUAUGUAUUAGUGGUUGACUGGAUUUACAUUUUACAUGUACCAUUUCUUGUCUGGGCCAAUAAAAAAUAUUUUUGACCAGGAACAAA